CCGGCUACAGAAGCCAUAUUGAAAUCUAUGUUGUCGGCUUGCACUUUGAUGGGACUCACUGUCCGUCGUUUUGAGAGUCUUUAAAUCACUCUCCUGAUUUUAAACCUGGGUGAUUUUGUCAGACAUUGCGCUGAAGACUUUGCCAGCAUUGGAAGGCAAGUUGUCUCUCCUCUUUAGUGGAAAAAAUGAGUCCUACUGAUGCUAAACGGGGGGCUAAACGCAGGAAGAACAAGCGGGGCGGUGGCAGUAGCUGCAGUGCUGUCUGCAACACCAGCAGUGGCAAGGCCGGGGUAGCGCAGGCCUUAGGAGCAGCAACACCUGCAUCGGUCGUCAGCUUUUUAACAUCUGGAAGUACAGGCAACGGGAAUAUGGGGUCCACCACAGGACUGAACGGAGAGGUCAAAGCCAACAACAACAACAACAACGUUACUCCACAGUUUAAGGAAGGACCAGUAAAUGUUGACUUCUCCGGAGUCCUUCAGACUCCAUUCACCUUCGGCCUGAACCAGCGGGCGCCCUGCACUGCUGGAGAUCGCUGCCUCCUGUGCCGAUGUGAGCGUAAAGACUGCGUGGUUCCUUCGGACACUGGCAUCUCAGGCCAAAAUGGUUCCACCCAGCCCGCCAACACCCCCAGUGCCCUCCAGCUCCCUCUGUGGGUCUGCUCAGACUGUAGACUCACGGUAGAGAAGGAGGACAGACGCAGCACCCUGGAGCAGUCGCUAGGGAGUCAGGACUUUCUGAUGCACAUGCCUGUGGGCAAUGGAAACCUGGCCCAGGAGGCCGCCACGGCAGACCGACUCAGCGCUGCUGCGCCUACGUUACCCAUGCUCCCUGCUCCAGACCUCACCACGCCCAUGCCUUCUGACACCGUGUGCAGCUGUGAAGCGUGCAAUGAGAGACGUGAAUUCUCUGCUGAGUCAGAGAGAGAGUCGCAGCAGCUGCAGAACCACUGGUCAGAGGUCAGAUAUCUGGUCCGCUGCAUCUACCGCCAGACAGGAACGCCGCUUGCAGACGACCAGGACCAGCCUCUGGAAAAGGAGAGAGAAGGCAUGAAGGAACUGGUGGACAGACUUUGUGUAAAAGAUCCAUAUCAGCUCUAUCAGCGGCUGGAGCAGCAGGCUCGAGAAUACGUACUGGAAAUGAAGAUGCGUUUGCUGAAGCACCUUUCUGCCGGCUCCAAGACUGCAGGAGCUCCGGUUGCUGUGGCUGCAGCUCAGGGACCUCCUCAGGCCCACCAGUUCAUCUCUCUGCUGCUGGAGGAGUACAGCGCCCUCUGUCAAGCCGCACGCACCAUCAGCAGCUUCCUGCUCACCCUGGAGAACGAGCACCUCCAGAAAUUCCAGGUGACGUGGGAGCUGCACAACAAGCACCUUUUUGAGAAUCUGGUGUUCUCUGAACCGAUCCUACACAACAGUUUACCAGCGCUAGUUGCACAGCUGAAACAUGGCACAGCCUCUCAUGAUUCCUAUAAUGAAGACACGUACCAGACUCUGCUGGAUCGCUACCAGAAGCUGGAGCAGGAAAUGGCGUCGGUGGCGGCUGAGUGGCAGGAGUGUGAGAAGAGGAUUGAUGACUAUGUUGAUGAGCAGCUGCUGUUUAAGGUGGACGGUCCGAGUCUCAACAACCAAAGAGCAGAGCCACACAAGUCCUUGGUCAGCAAGAGCACCUUGAAGACGAAGCAGCGGAUGCUGAAGGAGGACUGGGAGUUCUUUAAGCAGAGAAGAUUUAUAGAAGAACAGUUACCCAACAGUAAAAAGUCCUCCACCGGAGAUGUCUUCACAGACACUAUGAGGAUGCUUUCAUCUCGUCUUGGUAUUCCAGACUGUCCAAACUGUAAUUACAGAAGAAGGUGCACGUGUGAUGACUGCAGUCUCUCCCACAUCCUGACAUGUGGCAUCAUGGACUCCCCUGUUGCUGAGGACCUCCACAUGAAGCUGCCUGUUCAAGGAGAGCCCCCCCAGGACUACCUGACUGAGGUCCAUCCUCCCAGUCUGUCCUCUGGCAGUUCAGCGUCUGCUUCCAACUCCAGUUCUCCCAUCACAAUACAGCAACACUCAAGACUGGUCCUGCCUGAAGGGGACACCAACACUUUCAUUAGUGAUGAUGACGAAGUGCCGUCGUUGUCUAGUAAGUUUGGGAGCAUGUACCCUUUGAACAGUUACGAGGACAACGGUGUGAUGGCUGCCGUGUACGGACUUCACAACAACGUGAACAGGGAAGGCGCCAACACGACACUGAAGGCCGGGUCUUCUCACAUUACCAGCAGCAGCAGUUCAUCAGAAGGUGAUGAAGAGGAAACGAACGGCCAGGCUGAUGGGAAGCAUGAAGAGCUCUCCUCGGGAAAGGCCGACAGUCCCCCGCCCUCCUACAGUCACCAACAGGUGGAGCAGGUCCAGCAUGCCUGCGAGUGCCACGUGUGCAACCAGGACCCCGGCGGCUCCCCCUUGAGCCCUGCCACCUGCCCGCCCCCCAGCCGGCUCCACGCUGGUUCUCCCCCCGCUGUCGGACACCAGUUCUUCACCGACACCAAGGCUCCCCCUGCACACCCCGCCCUCCACUUGUACCCACACAUUCACGGACACCUGCCCUUACACAACUUCUCCCGACCCCUCCUUCACCCGACUCUCUACCCACCCAGUCCCUCCCUCACGCACAAGCCUCUGUCUCCAAACCACUCAGCAGCCAAGCAGCCGGCCUUCGGCUCCCCGUUACCAGAUCACGUGUACCCGAACUGCUUCGGUGGGACGGGCGGGGCGGGAGACUGGAAUAGCUCACUACAGUGCCUCUCUCUGAAGUUUGAAAAUCUGUGGGACGCUGCUUUGAUGAAGCUGCCUGAGUUCCUGCCAGGUGACGUGCUCGGACCACCCCUCCCAGAUGUGCCCCUCCCUCUGACAUCCUCCGCCGUUACCCAAGCAGAUCACACAUCCCUGUCCACACCUCUGCCCACGUCCUCCUCGUCCUCACUGUCAUCGUCUCUGUCAUCAUCCUCAUCCUCGUCCUGCUCCUCUUCAGAAGCCAAAGAGCUGAAGAAGACUGGCGCCAAGAAAAAGUGUCUCUACAACUUCCAGGAUGCCUUCUUAGAGACCAACCGUGUAGUGAUGGCCACGUCUGCGGCCACGUCGUCCGUGUCCUGCACCGCCACCACUGUCCAGUCAAGUAAUAACCCCCCCAUCCAUCUCGCUUCCAAAAGACCCAACUCUAUAGAUGACAUAUUUCACAGUUUAGCUAAAGAGGACCACAGACAGCCCGCCACAGCAACCCCCAGAAACUGUUCCACGGGUCUGGCCUCUCUCCCUCCGCUCUCGGGCCCCGCUCUGCCCCCAGCACCCUCAUCACACCUCCCCCAGAUGGGCUCGCAGCCCUUUCCGGAGAUGGCUGCUCAGCCUCCAGGCUUUGUGGAGUCACACCAGGGUCUGUGCCUCCCACCCGCAGAACCCCCAGCAGCUUCAGUGGAGGGUCCUGCCAGCGCUCCCCCGAGUGUCUGCAGUGAUCCUGACUGCGAAGGCCAUCGCUGUGAAGGAAACGGGUCCUACGAGCCCCAGCCUUACGACGGAGAGGACAGUCAGGACGAGGACAGCUGCUCUGAGCACAGCUCCUCUACCUCCACCUCAACCAAUCAGAAGGAAGGAAAGUACUGUGAUUGCUGCUACUGCGAGUUUUUUGGUCAUGGGGGGCCACCAGCCGCUCCUACCAGUCGAAACUAUGCAGAGAUGCGGGAGAAGCUACGCUUACGUCUGACGAAGCGCAAGGAGGAACAGCCGAAGCGCGAAGAGCAGCAGCCUGUGGUUGAAAGGGAUGGAGGGGUGGAGGACCACAGGCGGGUGGAGGACCUUCUGCAGUUUAUUAACAGUGCUGACAGUAAACCUGCCACCAGCUCUAAGGCAGCCAAACGAGCCAGGCACAAACAGAAGAAGCUGGAGGAGAAAGCCCGUUUGGAGGCAGAGGCCCGUGAAAGGGAGGAGCAACAGCUGUUAGAGGAGCAACGACGGCGGCAGGAAGAGGAGGAGGCAGCACUUCAAAAAGAACUGCUACGGCUGCAGCGGCUGCAGGAGCUGCAGCAGCAUCGUGCUGCCAAGAAGAAAAAGAAAGAGAAAGCAAAGGAAAACAAUACUCCGCCUCAGAACAACCCACAACCUCUCAAACAGACUGCUCAGAACGUUUUAGAUCAUCUUCAGAAUGGGAAAUCGCAGCUGCUUCAGACUCUUAUUGGCCUCCCUGACCGGAGGGAGCCCAAACCAGGUCCCCUGUUCCAGCACAGCUCCAAACACUCUGCUGCGAAGGGUGUUUGUAAUGAGACCAACGCCCCCGACUCCUCCGUCGGCCUCCAAAAUGGCGUGUCUCCCAUCGAAGCAAACGGCAAAGUUAAAGCCAAGCAGUCGGGGAAGGCGGUGACCUCCGAGCUGGCUGUAAAACGAGUCCCAGAGUUCUCCAAGAGCUCCGAGAUAGCAAAGACCGCUAACGGCACGGGUCCUUCCACUACAACAGAAACCAAAGCAACGCGGAUCAGGCCCGCCGACACCCCCGCGUCCCCCCAAAACCCCGAACCACGUCGGGAGGAAAAGCGUAACAACCAGUGUGCCGGUGGGAAAAGGCAGCAGCAACCCCUCACCCAAGUAAAGGAAGACAGGACAAGUCCUCCAGUCCCUAACCUGUCCCCCUCCCCUGUCUCUCACACCGAGGCUCAGCAGAACAGCAUACUCCCCGGCGCCGAGUCGCCGCAGCCCAAAGGCAAAGCUAAGAAGGGCAAGAAGAAGAAAGGGGACAAGACGAGCAUCUCGAUAGAUGAUGUGUUCCUGCCCAAAGACAUCGACCUAGAUAGCACUGAGAUGGACGAGACGGAGAGGGAGGUGGAGUACUUCAAAAGAUUCUGCUUGGACUCUGCUCGACAGACCCGCCAGCGCCUUUCCAUCAACUGGUCAAACUUCAGCUUAAAGAAAGCUACGUUUGCUGCACACUGAGGGUGUUAAUGACUGUCUGAGCACCGAUCCGUACAUUAUCAGCUAUACACCCCCCACCCUCCAAACCUCUGUUUCCUGUCUGACCAUCUUUACCCGCUCCUAGAACCACACCCACGCUGCCUUGCUUUGUUUUUGUCCGUGUGGUAACAACACAGAUCCAUCUGGACUGAACUGAUCCAGCUGCAAACAUUCAAUUAAAACAUUUUCCCAAAAGAA